AUGCUGGGGGGGCUUUUUUCAGGUGAAGUACUAAAGCGAGCCCGAUAACCCUACCAAGUCCUGCAAAGCUAGGGGAUCUCAUCUCCGUGUUCAUUUCAAGAUGGAUUGGCAAGGGCAGAAGCUAGCAGAGCAGCUCAUGCAGAUAAUGCUGGUGAGCUCUGCUGUGGUGGCAUUUAUUUCAGGCUAUGUUUUGGGCUCAUUUCAGAUAAUGCUGCUGAUAUAUGCUGCUGGCGUUCUAUUGACUUCUCUCAUUACUGUUCCCAAUUGGCCUUUUCUCAAUCACCAUCCCCUCAAAUGGUUGGACCCAAGUGAAGCUGAGAAGCAUCCCAAACCGGUGUCUGCUAAUACUAGCUCAAAGAAGAAGGCUGGCAAGAAUCCCUAAAGAAAAAUUGGCAAGAAGAACAUUGUGUGCCCGAGGAAUUUAGAGGGGAUGGGCAAGAAGACUGCGACUCCAUUGAUCAGGAUCAAUGGCAGAAACAAUGUCUGUAUCUCCAACGAAUUUUCAUCCGACAAAUAGCUCUUUACCAGCAUGCUGUUUUCUACUCAAAUGCAUCCACAGAGGACAGGUAUUACCUACUCAGUUUGAAUUGUUGCUUCAUCAGCAUCAUUGCAAUAGAAUCAUUCUAAGGGUUGGACUGCGGCAAUGGACUAUCACAGUUACUGAUCAUUCAUUCGAAGAAGGGUGGGAUGCUUUUUGUGAACACAACAUUGUUAAAAGACAUGACACGUUGUUGCUUCGACAUAGCGGGAAUCUGAUAUUUGAUGUCAUUCACUUUUGUGAACUACAAAAACAAGUUUUAUUGCCCUGGACAGUUCCCCUACCAGACCUGUUGCACAUGAAUGUCGUCGCAUCACGAGAUGAUAUCCAUACACCUACUAGACAACAGCAAGUUGCUUCCUCGCUGAGACCGAAUUUCUGCCAGGAUCUAUCUGAUUCGAUUUGCUUUUAUCAAAUAUUUAACUCUGCAACUCCAAACAGUUUGAAAAUUCCACGCUUUAUUGAUCACUUCAUCAAUGGUUCCAAGACUCCCAAGUUACUUAUCAAUACUGGAAAUAAAAGUACUCAGAUAGGUGUAAAACAUGAACGCCUUCAUCAAAACUGGAGAGGUUUCAUUCUUGAGCAUCAACUGCAGCACAACGAAACUCUUGUCUUUGUUCCGGAAUCUGAAAAUAUAUUUACAGCUUUGAUCUUCGACGAUACCGGAGUUGAAAAGAUUUUUCCUUGGUAUCACACAUUUAAUAUUUAUUCACAUGCUUAACGAAUUUAGCUGAACUAUGCUGUGUAAUAUACCUACGAAUUAAAUACAUUGCUGGUAAUUUUCGCUUCUACUUA